CCGGCAUGGACCCAGUAGUACGACGCCUGCUCUGGAACACAGUGACACAGGCACGUGAAAGUGGAAAAGUCAUCGUUAUAACCUCUCACAGUAUGGAGGAAUGUGAUGCCCUUUGUACUCGUCUAGCCAUCAUGGUGAAGGGAAGAUUCAUGUGCUUGGGUAGCCCUCAGCAUCUGAAGAGCAAGUUUGGCAAUGUUUAUAUCCUGAAGGUCAAGGUCAAGACUGAAGAUAAAUUACAGGAUUUUAAAUUUUACAUUACAAGGACAUUUCCAGAUGUUCGGCAUUUUGGAGCAAGCUAAAGAACAAUUCGAUUUAGAAGACUAUUCCAUCAGUCAGGUCACACUGGAACAAGUCUUCCUGACCUUUGGUAACGCAGAGAAAACAGCAAGUUAU